CUUAAUAAUCUAAUCAAGUCUUAUGUGACCGCUUAUGAGUGCAGGAUUUGCAGAUGUGACAUUCAGUAGCCAGAUGGUUUUAGGAACAAAUGACAGACAAGUAGCCUGUUAUGUGUGCUGUUACUGACAUUUUGCAGCCUCCGUGUUCAGUGCUUGAAAGGUAAUUUCCCAAGUGACGAAACAGCUGACUGUGUUUUGGUGUCACAGAUUUCCAUACAACACUUCCUGCUAUUGCCAGAAAAAAAAGACAGCAUGUGACAGUGACUGAAGAACAGAGAGAGGACAGCUGAGAGUCAAAAUGAAUACAACAUCCUUACUCCCUUACUCAUAUUCAUUGAUGGAGGAUGGGGUGGCAGAUUUUGCCACAGAUUGGAGAGCAGAUGACGUCUCCCCGCACAACUUGGAACACCAGAUCCAGUGUCCAGCACCAGUCACGGCUGAACCCAAUGACAGGCUAGACUCUGAGGACAAUAGAACAGUUAUCACAGAGAGCAUGUCGGUUACUGUGUCUGAUGAAGAAAAACUCCAACUCUUGAACAAAAACACGGAACUCCGGAGACUGAAUGCAGAGCUGAUGAAAUUGAACCAGCAGUGGGAUGAAAUAUAUAGAAACACUACACAGAGAAUGCAGCACACAGUACACACUCUACAAGAAGAAGUUCACAACUUGAGACAGCACAGUGACAAACUGAGCCUAAUGUUGGAACAUGAACAGAACAAGAGGGAGUUCUAUGAGAAGUCACUGCUCCAGGAGAUGAAGAGGAAUCAAAAGCUCCAGGAAGCUGUCAGGCAUUUAGAGAAAGCUCUGCACUACAAAAACAUUACUAACCGUGGUUUUCAGAAUGUCGCAGAAAUUUCAAGACCACAGAACCAAGAAGAUGUUGCACCAUCUUCCCCUCCGGUUUCCAAUCAGUGUCCUGAAAAUCCUAAGGAAAGUCCAAUCAACCCUGAUAGGGACAGAGACCACGCUGCCAAGAAUAGGAAACCAGUCCCAGACCCACAACAGCCAUGUAAGAAUUUGAAAAGCCACCAGUACAGUAGAAGCAGAAGUCUGCGUAACACUGAAUCGGAGCAGGACAUGACUCAGCUUAAAGAACAAUUACAGGCACUUAAAUGUCAGACAGAGAUUUAUGAAGCAGAUUAUAAGACUGAACACACCGAUCGUGAGCGUAUGAAAACCGAAAAUGAAAAGCUACGAAAGAAAGAGAGAGAAAUGAGAGAACAAAUGCUGAUACUACAGGAGCAGCUGAAGAUAUACGAGGACGAUUUCCAGAGGGAACGCUCUGACAAGCAGGUCUUACAGCGGCUGUUGAAAAGCAGACAUUCGGCCCGUGAGCCUGUCCUGGUCCACCGCUGCAAUAACGAGGCCCAUUUAAAGGGCCCAUUGGGGGGUGCUGAAAGCAUGUCCCAUAACAGUAGUAGAAAGGAGCAGAAGGUUAGGGGUGAAGAGGUUUUCGCACACAGGUUCUGAUUCUCAACUUUUAAUACAGUCUUCAUUCAGGAAGCUUACACUGGAUACUUAAAUAAUAAUAAAAGACUUUAAGAAAAAAGUAUAGACACCAAGAAAAAACUGCUGCCACCUUUAACAAUUUAACUCCAAAGGCAUGGAUGAACCAAAUGACCAAACAAAAUGGGGUACAAAAGUGCAAAGUGUGAAAUUAAAAUGUUAUAAGCGUCCCAAGUGUGAUAAAAUUAUAGAAUAACAUAAAAUACUACCAGCGUGGUUCUACAACAGUAGUCUCGUUAAUAAAACGUCCAAUAGGCACACAAGAAAAACAGAACAUAGGGUUACACAGCACUGUAUUGCAAAAGGUACCUGCAGUGAUUACAAUAAUAGAAUAUGCUAAGCACUUAAUAAAUAGCGCUAAUAAAGCUUUAUAGCCUCUUCUGACCCCCAGGCUCUCCAGUACAUUUCCAGUUUGGCAAAAGUUCAUUUUAAAUUGGGCCCAACUUCUCCCAAUAAAUCCUAUGUUUGGUCAUAUUGAAUAAUAGUAGCAAUUCAGAUGAUUAUACUAUGAAUCAAUGUCAAACUAUUUAAUAUACUACAUACUAGUCUGUUUACAUUGUUGUGUAGUGCAAUCAUUUCAUUGGCUAAGUAUCUCCAGCAUGCCCAAUGGAAGCCCGAGGUCCAGCAUUACAACUUAAAUUGAAAUGUGCACCUUAUAAGUAUAGUAUUUCUUUGUCCUGAGGAAGUCAUUUUGAUGAAAUUGGUUGGUGUCUGCACACUUUAUU